AUGGGCAAGUCGCAGACUAAAACGUCGGAGUUGAAGGUCGCCGCGGCCAAUGACACGCCCUCGUACGUGGUGGGCUCCUUCUUCAACGGAAUGCAGAUCCCGCAGGACUCGCUGUUCGAACUCUAUCAGCACAAGCACGAUAGCCAUCGGUACGUCUUGCAUGGCGAAAACUCGACUUUGGAGUACAACGGCGACUCGGGCGAGGCACGUGACAGCAACGACUACGUGGUGGCGCUCUACGACCCAAAAAGCAAGUCCGUGGAGCUUUUCAAGGCGCCCAUGAUCCAGUCGCACGUGACGUCUUUGGAGCACCGGGUGCACAAGGGCCCCCGGGUCAAGCUGCGUGGCCAGAUGAACUACAUACAGAGAAACGCGUUGGGCGAGGCGUUCGGUACCAAGAAGGCCAAGGCCGCGAUCGUCAACUUGCAGAAAAACAAGAUCGAUGCCGACAAGUUGCAGGACGUUGAGAUGGACAUCAUCGACAAUGUCGCCGAGAUCACGGCCAUCAUGCCCUCGCGCGAGCAGAUGCUGCUGGAGGGGUCUGUGGACAGGCCUAUCCCCCAAGCCAACGAAAACGCCACGGCCGUGGAGGACAUUUUCCCGCUAGAUGCGAUAAUACCGAAGGCGGAGAGAACGGCCAUCCGUGUCAAUGCGUUGAUGGAGGAGGAGUCCGCGGACACGCGGCUCGAGCUCAUGCCCUAUGCGAAAUCGGCGUUUGUGGCCAAGAACCUCGACAAGUUCGUCUCCUUGGGCAACACCAAGAGGCUCCAGAUGUUGUACUACGCGUCCUUGUUGUUUGGCGUGUACAACAACCGCCGGGUCCGCGACAAAACCACGCUCAUGGAGAAAUUGGGCAACAAGCCCGCGGAGGUCUUGGUGGACGGCGUGUUGGAGCGCUUUGCCGUGGCCAAACGCACCUCGUCAUCGUUUGCCAAGUCCAAGGAUCGGUCGUUCGUCAUCGAUCCGUUCCACGAGGACAAGUUGCUUUGUCACCUCUUGGCACUUCUCUUCCACCUCAACGGCUUUCUCUUGGAGUUGCUUCCUUUGGCACACGAGUUGAACAUGAAGCCCACACGGAUCACAGGGUUGUUCCGUGCCAUGGGAGCCACCAUCAAGCCCGUGGGCGUGGGCUUGGCACUGGAGUUGGGGCUCUCCAAAAAGGACGCGGCCACCUACAAGGUUGCUGUGUUGAAGGUGCCGUUCAAGUUGCCAGAGAUGUUAAGAAAGGGCGCCAGAAAGUAA